GUUUUUGGGAGGAUGUAAGGGACAGUCUGGUGACUCUGAUCAGUCUGAUCCAGCUACCAAUGCGAAAAUUAGUACAAUUAUUUUUACCAUUUUUUUUUGUGUGUGUAGAUUUGAAAUUACCAUUUUUUUUUUUGUGUGUGUAGAUUUGAAAUUAAACUUUAUUAGGCUUGUUAUUUAAUAUUUUUUGACAGAAAAGGUAGAAAGGCUUGUUAUUUAAUAUGUUAGGCUACAAUUUGGUGCAAAUGAGAUUCAGCAGAAGAAAAAUAUUUUGUUGGACUUCUUUGUAUCCGAUUAUAUGGUCCAAACCAACCCAAGCCAAACUUAACUUAUUAUAUAUAAGUAGCUUUAAUUACUUGUGUCCAAUCCACCAUCCCUAAAAACAAAUUUUGACCGUUUGAUUUGAUUUUAAUUAGUAGUAUUUUCAAACUUUUCUUGUGGGGGUGUGAAAUUGACCGUUUGGAAUUUUAGUGGUGUACAAAGAAAUCUUCCUCUUGAUUUUCCAUUAUGAGAAGACUAAUCAUAGCCUUAUCCCUUUAAUUUUUUUUCAUGCAAUUCCCCAAAUUACCCUCCCCUCCCCUUUAAGGCUUUAACCACACCUUUACUCCCAUCAAAAACGACGCCGUCUCGUCCCACAUCAUGCCACCCUCACUCUCUCUCUCUCUUUAUAAAAAGCCUAAACACGUGUUAGUCCCGUGAUUCCGGAACAAAAAGCCUGUUGUGUUGUAGUGGCACUCUCGUAAAUUUAGCGAAUAUCCAUGGGCCAAUUACAAUCAUUCCCUCUUAUUUAGCUCACCUGCCUCAAAACUCCCUAUUUCUCUUUAGUCUUUAUUUAACCACUCUCUCUGACCGGACUAAGGAAGAAAAAAAAAAAAAAAAAAAAAAAAAAAAAAGCGCCAACCUUGUUUUACUCUGAUUUUCCGUUUGGUUCCCGAGAAUCAUUGGAAUUUUCUCUGGGAAAAUUUUUCAUCAGUGUUAUGUGAAGCAGGUUUGUUGGUUUUCUUCUUCAUCUUCUUCAAGUUCGAGCUAGUUUAAAAUCGUGGAGGAGGAGUGGAAAAUGACGUCGGGGACGAGAAUGCCGACGUGGAAGGAGAGAGAAAACAACAAGAGGAGAGAGAGGAGGAGGCGAGCGAUCGCGGCGAAGAUCUACGCAGGUCUGAGAAUGUACGGUAACUACAAGCUCCCGAAGCACUGCGACAACAACGAGGUCCUCAAAGCUCUCUGCAACGAGGCCGGUUGGACCGUCGAAGAAGACGGCACCACAUACCGAAAGGGAUGCAAACCUGUUGAUCGAAUGGACAUUAUGGGUGGAUCUACUUCUGCAAGUCCAUGCUCAUCCUACCAACCGAGCCCAUGUGCAUCUUACAAUCCAAGUCCUGGCUCAUCUUCCUUCCCAAGCCCAGUCUCUUCACGUUAUGCUGCCAAUGCCAAGGGUAAUGCUGAUGCCGAUUCGCUCAUUCCAUGGCUGAAAAAUCUUUCAUCAAGCUCAUCAUCAGCAUCAUCCAAGCUCCCCUACCAUCUUAAUGUCCAUGGAGGUUCCAUAAGUGCUCCAGUCACCCCUCCAUUGAGCUCCCCAACAGCCCGAACUCCCAGAACCAAAAAUGACUGGGAUGAUCCAACUGUUGCCCCAUCAUGGGCUGGGCAACACUAUUCUUUCCUGCCCUCGUCUACCCCUCCAAGUCCUGGCCGUCAGGGCCUGCCUGAUUCACGGUGGCUUGCUGGUAUCCAAAUUCCCCAAAGCGGGCCAUCAUCUCCCACAUUUAGUCUUGUAUCACCAAACCCAUUUGGAUUUAUGGAGGAGGCUUUCUCAGGUGGAGGGUCCCGGAUGUGGACUCCUGGGCAGAGUGGCACAUGCUCUCCUGCAAUACCUGCAGGCAUUGAUCACACCUCAGAUGUUCCAAUGUCAGAUGGGAUUGCAGCUGAAUUUGCAUUUGGAAGUAAUACAACUGGAUUGGUGAAGCCCUGGGAAGGAGAAAGGAUCCAUGAGGAAUGUGUAUCUGAUGAUCUUGAACUUACACUUGGGAGCUCUAGAGCUAGGUAGAGAGGCUCAACAGAAGUUGGUAGUGCAAAUUAUCCAUUGGUCUCUUGGUUUGGGUCUUCCUUCUUGUGCAAAAUUCAAGUCCCAUGUCCCUGGUUGUUUCCAUUGGCAAGGCAUGCCAGUUAGAAGUACAGUGAGUAGGAGCAGCUUCUUUUCUAGUUUUUCCAUCCAUUUUCUGUUCCCCCUUCAUCCAUAAAAAUAGAGAACAAAAAAUUAAAUUAUAAAUAGUUCAUGGUGGUGCUUUGCCCCUUCAGUUCAAUUCUUUCUUCUAAUUUUCUUUUUUCAUUUUUUCUUAGAGAGGAAGUUUCGUUUAUGGAUUUCUUGUUGGUUGCUGGAGUGAUUUCAUGUUUGUGAUUGAAAGGGAUUUUGGAUGUCAAGAUUAACUGAAUGAUUAUGGAGUUACUAACUACACUAGUGCAAUUAAUGGCGUGUCCUCUCUCUCUCUCUCUCUCUCUCUCUCUCUCUCAGCAAUGUGAGAAUGCUUUGUAAUUUUUGUAAGUUGCUUUGAUAUUUCCUGUCUGUAUGACAGGCUUUGAAAACUGAAUAGGACUUGUGAAUUAUAAUCAAA